AUGGCUUCGCGCCGGCCAACCAAUGGGCGAUCGCCGCUGGUUAAUCCCCAGCGCCAAAUCACUGCUUUCUUCUCCAAGAAGACCUCCUCCCCGCCUAAACCAAACCCUAGCCCGAAAUCCGACGGCAGCCCGAGUCCCGGCCCGAGCCCAGGCCCGGCCACUCCUUCCCCCAUCCAACAGAAGCCUAAGAAACCCUUGCUAGUCGUCGGUCCAUCUCCUAACUCGACUCCAGAUUCCGCUACUCCCAAGGAUUCCAAUGGAGCUGAAGUUGUUGGGAGACGGAUUAGGGUAUAUUGGCCGUUGGAUAAAUCUUGGUACGAGGGUUGCGUCAAGCGUUUCGACGAGGUCAGUGGUAAGCAUUUGGUGUUAUACGACGAUGCCGAGGAGGAAAUGUUGAAUUUGUCGAACGAAAGGAUUGAGUGGCUGGCGGAGGAGAAGGAGCAAUCGCUACCACCGGUGAAGAAGUUCCGCCGCCUGCGUCGGCUUACAGUUGUGGAAGAUGAAGAUGAAGAAGACGAAGAGAACGAGGGGAAUGGGGCGUGUGAAGAUGAUGAUUCUGAAGAUGAAGAUUGGGGCGAAAAAAAUGCUGAAAAGGAGGUGGUGGAGGAGGAUGUAUUGGAGGACAUGGAUUUAGAUUUGGAGGAUGAUGAUGAUGACAUUGGCGCGAAAAGAAGUAAAACGAGUUAUAAGAAGAGGAAGGUUUCUGGAGGAUUAGGAAAACUCCUUUCAUUUUCUAGUAAGAAGAGGAAGAGUAAUAAUGACAGCACCAAACAAACUAAUAAUGUUAAUAAUGUCUGCAAAGUUGCUUCAAUGACUGAUAAGAAGCCGUCAAUUGCGGCGGAUACUACUCGAACUGCAGAGAGUGAGAAAGGUGUUGAUAUUUGCAAGCCUCCGGUAGAUAAUUUUGCAGAAAGGUUUGGAGCCCGUGAAGCAGAGAAGCUUCGCUUCUUGGGACUAGCGCGUAGGGAUGGUAAACGAAGACGUCCUGGAGAUGCUGACUAUGAUCCAAAGACUUUGUACUUACCUCCUGAUUUUUUGAAAGGAUUACCCAGCGGACAGAGACAAUGGUGGGAGUUUAAGUCAAAGCACAUGGACAAGGUUCUGUUUUUCAAGAUGGGAAAAUUUUAUGAGCUUUUUGAAAUGGAUGCACAUGUUGGGGCCAAAGAGCUGGACCUGCAGUAUAUGAAGGGAGAACAACCUCAUUGUGGAUUUCCUGAGAAGAAUUUCUCAAUGAAUGUGGAGAAACUGGCCCGGAAGGGCUAUCGGGUGCUUGUUGUGGAGCAAACUGAAACACCUGAGCAGCUUGAGCUUCGUCGCAGGGAGGAGGGGUCUAAGGAUAAGGUUGUGAAACGUGAAAUAUGUGCUGUGGUUACAAAAGGAACCUUAACGGAAGGAGAAAUGCUCUCAGCAAAUCCUGAUUCUUCUUAUCUAAUGGCAGUGAUGGAGAGCUGUCAAAAUUCAGAAAAUGAAACAGGAGAUCGGAUAUUUGGUGUAUGUGCGGUUGAUGUAGCCACAAGCAGAGUUUUAAUUGGACAGUUCAGGGAUGAUUCAGAUUGUGGCGUAUUGUGCUCUCUACUAUCUGAGCUGAGGCCAGUCGAAAUUAUCAAACCCGCAAAACUGCUCAGUCCUGACACUGAGAGAAUAUUAUUCCGGCAUACUCGAAAUCCUUUGAUUAAUGAUUUGGUUCCCCUUUCUGAAUUCUGGGAUGCAGAGAAAGCCAUACACGAAGUAAAAUGUAUCUAUCAGCGUGUUAACAGUCAGACAGCUUCUCUUUCUCAGAAUGAUGCCGUUUCUCAGACAGUUAGUGAUGGCGGUGACUUCUUGCCAUCUAUUUUGGCCGAGCUUGUGGCUGCGGGGGAAGAAGGAAGCUAUGCACUUUCAGCCCUUGGGGGCACCCUUUUCUACUUGAAAAAUGCUUUUCUGGAUGAGUCUCUUCUUAGAUUUGCAAAAUUUGAGUUACUCCCGUGUACUGGCUUUGGUGAAAUCGCUCAAAAGCCAUACAUGGUUUUGGAUUCAGCGGCUUUUGAAAACCUUGAGAUAUUUGAAAAUAGCAGAAAUGGAGAUACGGAAGGGACCUUAUAUGCUCAGUUGAACUACUGUGUAACAGCUUUUGGGAAAAGGUUACUCAAGAAAUGGCUUGCUAGGCCUUUGUAUCAUGUGGAAUCAAUUCAAGAACGGCAGGAUGCUGUAGCAGGGUUAAAGGGAGUAAAUCAACCUUUUGUCCUUGAGUUUCGAAAGGAGUUGUCCAGGCUUCCGGAUAUUGAAAGGUUACUGGCACGUAUUUUUGCUAGUAGUGAAGCCAUGGGACGAAACGCAAAUAAAGUAAUACUAUAUGAAGAUGCUGCAAAGAAGCAGUUGCAAGAGUUUAUCUCAGCUUUGCGUGGUUGUGAAAUUAUUUCCCGUGCAUGCUCCACACUCGCUUCUAUCACGGAAACUGUAGAUUCCAAGCUAUUACAUCAUUUGUUGACACCUGGUAAAGGACUUCCUGAAGUACACCCAAUUCUCAGUGAGUUCAAGGAGGGUUUUGACUGGGUGGAGGCAGAGAAAUCAGGCCGUAUCAUACCUAGAGAAGGGGUUGAUGCGGAAUAUGAUGAUGCAUGCAGAAGUGUUGGGGAAGUCGAAUCCAGUUUGAUGAAACAUUUGAAGGAACAGAGAAAACAGCUUGGAGAUUCAUCUAUCAAGUAUGUUACAAUUGGAAAAGAUUCCUAUCUCCUGGAAGUGCCCGAGAGUUUGUGUGAAAGUCUUCCACGAGAGUAUGAACUUCAGUCAUCUAAAAAGGGUUAUUCCCGCUACUGGACACCAACCAUUAAAAAGUUAAUGGGCGAGUUGUCACUAGCCGAAUCAGAGAAGGAAUCAAAGUUGAAAAGCAUUUUACAGAGAUUGGUUAGAAAAUUUAGUGAAAAUCAUAAUAUGUGGGGACAACUGGUUGCGACAACUGCAGAACUGGAUGUCCUAAUUAGCAUAUCUAUUGCAAGUGACUACUAUGAAGGACCAACCUGUCGCCCAGUUUUUACUGGUGUAUCAUCUCCUGAUGCAGUACCGCAUCUUACUGCUAAAAGUUUAGGGCAUGCAAUUCUUAGGAGUGAUUGCCUUGGCAAGGGUGCAUUUGUUCCGAAUGAUGUCACUCUUGGUGGAUCUGGAAAUGCAGCCUUUAUUUUGCUUACUGGACCUAACAUGGGUGGGAAAUCAACGUUUCUGCGACAAGUGUGCUUGGCGGUCAUUCUGGCCCAGUUGGGAGCAGAUGUACCUGCCGAAAGUUUUGUGAUGUCUCCUGUUGACCGUAUUUUUGUUCGAAUGGGUGCAAGGGAUCAUAUUAUGGCUGGGCAAAGUACAUUCUUGACAGAGCUUUCGGAAACUGCAUCCAUGCUGUCACUGGCGACUCGCAAUUCAAUUGUUGCUUUGGAUGAACUUGGACGAGGGACGUCGACUUCAGAUGGACAAGCAAUAGCUGAAGCAGUUCUUGAACAUUUUGUACGCAAGGUGCAGUGCCGUGGAUUGUUCUCUACUCACUAUCAUCGAUUGGCUAUCAACCACGAGAGGGAUCCCAAUGUUUCCCUCUGUCACAUGGCCUGCCAAGUCGGCAAAGGAACUGAAGGUCUAGAGGAAGUUACAUUUCUUUACAGAUUAACUCCUGGUGCAUGCCCCAAAAGUUAUGGUGUAAAUGUUGCGAGGAUAGCUGGACUUCCUGAUGUUGUGCUCCAAAAGGCGGCUUCAAAGUCUAGGGAAUUCGAAGAAGCUUAUGGCAAGAGCAACAAAAGGGGAUCCCAGGACACAUUCUUCUCUUCCCCAGAUUGGAACAAAGAGUUAAAAGAUGUAAUGAGUAACUUGAUGAAGGUUGAUUCCAGUGGAAGUUGCUCUCAAGAUUUUAUGGAGGGUGAAGAUUCACCAUUAAUUGAACUUCAACGUAAAGUGAAAAGGGUGCUCUUAGAACAAAAUUAG